AUGGAAAAGAAAAAGGAAAUUGAAGACUUACAUGACAACUGGGAACAAUCUUACCAUGAUUUACCCAAGUUUCUCAGUGCCAUGAGUGGAUUUCUUAAUGGAUUUGUUGUUGAGAAGAAAACAAGGCCACUAUACAACCAACAAGGUGAGAUGGCUCAUCAUUAUGUUCAAUUCCAUAGAGUAUUUUGGACAUUUAAACCUUGUAUCGAUGGGUUCAAAUACUGCAAGCCCAUUGUUCAAGUUGAUGGCACAUUCUUGUAUGGCAAAUACAAAGGAACUCUCCAUGUGGUCGUGGCUCAAGACGGUAACAACAAAAUCUUUCCAAUUGCCUUUGCAAUUAUUGAGGGUGAAACAACAGAAGCAUGGUUUUUCUUUCUACAUUAUCUCAAAAGACAUGUUUGCCCUCAAGAUGGCCUUUGCUUAAUUUCGGACAGGCACGAGUCUAUCAAAAAUGCCUACGCUAGACAGGGCAUUGGCUGGACACCCAAGAAUUUAGUGCAUGUGUUCUCUUAUGGGAUGACUGAGCCAAGAUUCAAUUACUACUACAACACGCUAAGGAACGAACCAGAAACCGAAGGUGUAAUUGAAUGGCUCAACACCAUACCAAAAGAACAAUGGACUCUUGCAUGGGACGGUGGCCAACGAUGGGGACACAUGACUACCAACUUGGCUGAGGCAAUUAACUUCAUUCUUAAAAAAACAAGAAAUUUGCCAAUUUCUGCAAUCAUCAUGUCGACUUAUAAGAGAUGUAAUGCCUUAUUCAUCCAAAGGGGGAAGGAAGUCGAUGCUAAACUUAGGGCUGGCCAAGUUUAUACGGAAAUAAUGAAUAGGGCCAUGAGAGAUGCAGAAUCAAAGGCUAAUAGUCAUCAUGUCCUCGAAUUUGAUCGUCACAGUACAAUUUUUCUGGUGCAAGAGACCAUUAACCCAAGGGAAACACGACCUACUGGAACUUUCAUGGUUAGACUACAUGACAAGUGGUGUGACUAUGGGAAAUUUUAA